ACUUCCGUUUAGGAUGGUCAUUAAUUAUUAAUGAGUGUUUCGUUCGUUGAGAUCUAUUUCAGUAAUGUCUAUUUUUGUUCAGUUGAGGGAUUUACAGCUAUACACAAUGUAGUACUGAUAACCUUUACAACCAUGCAAGUGUGGGCUGAUUGGACAAGUUAAGCCAUACAUGAUCAGCCCACCGUCGAUGAGUGCCCACUUACUUUGUACCACCAUGCUUGAGCAGCUGCAUGCAACGAAGAGACAUGAGGGCUCGAUGGCUUUACAAAGAAAAUAUACAGCAAGCUUGCUCACACUGCGGCCGCUGAAACAACUCCGUUCAUAAGCAUCGAACCAAAAAUGGCUGCUGUAAGGAUAACAAACGCAGUCGUGUUCGCUCUCUGUUUGUAUGUCUGUCUCGUUUGGAUCGUGCCUAGAAUUGGUGAGGAAUUCCUGUCAAGGUUCUUCGGUUGCAUCUUAUCUGUUUCCUUCUCCUACUUCAUCGCCGGUCGCUUCACCGGGGGAAAAAUCCCCAGCGUCCGGGGCAGAGCCGUGCUGGUGACUGGCUGCGAUACUGGAAUAGGUAACACGUUGGCCAGACGCCUGGAUGACUUGGGGUUCCGCGUUUUUGCGGGUUGUCUGUUCGCCGAGGGACCGGGGGCUCUAGGGCUCACGAGCGAGUGUUCAGGGAGACUUGAGGUGAUACAGCUUGAUGUGACGAGUGACCACGAGGUAUCUCAAGCAGUCAAAUCUGUGAGGGAGUCACUGUCCACGACGGGAGAUGUACUGUGGGGAGUGGUGAACAAUGCCGGCACGGCAUGCUGGGGCGAAGCGGAAUGGAUAUCGCUUGACAGAUACAAGAAGCUGGCAGAGGUCAACUUGUGGGGGAUGAUUCGGGUCACGAAGGCCUUCUUACCUCUCAUCCGAAAUAGCAAAGGGCGUGUGGUCAACAUGAGCAGCAUGCUGGGUCGUGUGAGUAUGCCAGUCUGUUCAGCGUAUUCCAUCACAAAGUACGGCGUCCAGGCCUUCACGGAUAGUCUCCGCAACGAGCUCGCGUCGAAUUUCGGUGUCUCUGCUGUCAUUGUGGAACCUGGCAACUUCUCAGGGGGAGGGUCCGCCAUGUUUACAAGAGAAUACAUGACCAAGGAUCUGAACAAGGUCUGGAGCGAAACAACUGCAGAAGUUCAGGAGGUUUACGGUGUAGAGUAUUUCGAGUCGACGAGAAAUAACAUUGUCAACGCGUCCCAGAGCUUCUCACCGACCAGCCUCGUGCCGGUAGUGGACGCCUGCACAAACGCCCUCACCGACGCAAAUCCGCACGAGCGCUACUUUCCCGGAAACUUGACUUCUAAACUCACGGUUUAUGUGUUCUCCUUUCUCCCAGCACCAAUCACUGACUUUGUGCUGGGGAUUUACUACAAAAUUAUAAGUGUACCUGUAAAAGGGGCGAAGAAAAAUGGUCCGCGUUGAACAAUUUAUCUGAACGAUAUCAAACAAUAGAUGGCGCUGUUUGCUAAAGAGGAAAGGUAUGCUUGCUUCCGCGGAAUGGAAAUAAAAAUGACACGCGUCAUUCUCUAAUAUUAUUAAUCUGACUAACUGAGACGCACAUUCUGAAAUAGGAAACCCAUAGAAGUGUUGUUUAGUUUUUAUGCUAAAUGGAAAAUAUCCAUUUCGAAACGAAUUGCAGUGAUAUAAUUAUGAUUUGCAUGCAGGAGAAAAGAAACAUUAUAGAUGGAAAAGAAACAUAUCCUUUAGAAAAAUAUAAUAGGCUUGAAUGAGGGAUCACUGAAAGCACGAUUGCAUCGAUCGUAUAGGAAUCUUGAAUUAUGAAACUGUAGCUUCAAGACCUUAAUGGAUUAACUUGUUCUAAAAAUGUUAGAGUUCAGAAAUGAAAGAUUUAGGCCGAAAAAGAUAAUUCGCUUAAUUCCUGCCGAUAAACCACUAAAUUGC